UUGGAGGCAUCCCGACUAUGAUUGGAGACAUGAGAUUGCUCGAGUCACUUGAUCUUUCGAAUAAUCACCUUUCGGGAACAAUCCCACAAAGCUUUUCUGCAUUCAUAUCACUGAGCAAACUAAACUUGUCACACAACAACUUCACGGGGCCAAUUCCGAAAGGAAAUCAAAUCCAGACACUUGACGAUCCUUCCAUUUAUGCCGACAAUCCUUUACUUUGUGGUGAUCCUCUACAAAAGAAAUGCCCCAAAGUAGAGGCCCCUCGAGUGCCGGAAGAAGUUGCCAAUGAAGAAGGUAAGCCUGAAAAGGUAAUGUUCUACAUAGUAAUAAUGCUCGGGUUUGCGACUGGGUUUUGGGGAGUUGUUGGCAGUUUGGUGUACAAGAAGAACUGGAGACGAGUGUACUUCAACUUUGUGGAUCGUAAAGUAGACAUGGUGUACGUGAUUGUUGCAGUGAAGGCGGCCGAGUUGAGGAGGAGAUUGAGAAGAGUGUAA